AUGCGCGAUGAUGGCGGCUAUACCAAGUCGGACGUUGCCGAGGAGAGAGCCAUUGACCGCAAGUCUUCCUUCAACUCGCUCUUGCCUUUGUCGACUGUCGAGACCCCUGAGCAGCCUUGUGAAGCGGGUGAUCACGAGAGAGACACACGCAUGGAAUCAGUCACCAACGCCAUCUCCGAAUCGUACAUACCAGCGGAUGAUGACAAGGGAGAGGUCAAGAUGGAAUCCGGAACGACACUGUUCCUGAGGAAGAAAGAAUCAAAGUCUGCCGACGGAUUGGGGACUCAGAAACCUGGGUUCGCUUCGUUCCAUCGGGACAAAGCUCUGAAGAAAGUCAUUCCGGAGCGAAGAGUCAUGGAGGACGAGGCUCUUGGAGUUGUCAAGGUGAUGGUCUCGCACCCGGAGGUGCUGGCAAGAAUUAUGUUCCAACGAUAUGGAGUUGCAGGGCUUGAUGAGCUUGAGAAGGAAUCGGACUGA